AUGGCACUGGUUUACAAGGUGUGUCUGGUUUUUCUGCUUCCUUUGCCUUGCAUUGGAGUAGACUUGGAUCUUAUUCAGAAGCUUAUUGUCCUUGCUGGCCCUCUUACUGAUGAUUUACUAAGUAAUUUAAACUUCCAAAGUCAACUUCUUGGAGAACCUGCUCUUAAUUCUGCAAGGGGCCAGUCAAAUUAUCUUUGUCACUGGCCUUUGCUCUCUUACCUGCCACCGUACUUUGCUGAACUCCGUGCAAGUGGCGUGACCCACUUUAAAGUCUUCUUGCCUUGGACUCAUAUCCUUGCGGAGGCAGAUGCUCAAAAACCCAACGAGACUAACGUUGAAUGCUACAGACAACUUUUCAGAACACUCAGAGCUGCUGACCUCAAACCAAUUUUAAUUCUACAUCAAAAACAUUUGCCGCACUCUUUGAACACCCAGCUAGCUUUGAGGAAGUCUACAACUUUUGCUGACCUUUUUGCCGAGUAUGCAGAGUUUUGCUUUGAAUCUUUUGGUGGUUUUGUGGACACCUGGCUCACUUUCAGCAACCUACCUGAGAUCACGGAGGGCUUGUCGCAUGGAUACCCACAAGCCCUUCCUCUCUGGGCACUAGCUUCAGCGCAUGAAAAAGCUUAUAAUCUCUACCAUGAAAAAUAUUCUUCAGAAGAUGGGAAAGUGUCCAUUUCUCUAGAUGUUAGUGAUGCCAGGCUAAUGCCACCAGGAUCUUUCUUGGCUUCAAUUUCUUUCCAGGAGUCUCUUGAUUUUCUCUCUCUCAGUCUUCAGUACAACUGUAAAAGGAAAGCAGGUUUCCAAAAGAUGCUGAGUGAACUACAGCACGGCCCAAACAAUAUGGGGAUCUUGCUCUUUAGUCUAAAGCUCCAUGAAUGUUCAACUUUGCAAGAAAACCGAUCUGCAAUAGUGGCUUCCAUUUUCAGUGCCAUUUAUGAAGCUCAAGCAUGGGCAGUAGGAUAUGAUGUGAAUGAUGUCUUGGACAACUCAUCCAUUCACACAACUCGUUCCUACACAGGAGAUCUGGCCAUCCAACCAAAGCCAAAGGAAGCGCUGCUGUCUGUGAUUGCCCCACUUUCAUCCUAUCCAACAGUUUGGGAAAGAUUUGCCAACCAGUCUGAGCAGGAGAGAGACUCUUUUUUGUCUGGCCUUUUCCCUAGUAGUUUUCUCUGGGGCACAUCAACAGGGUCCUUUAAUGUUGAAGGAGCCUGGGCAGAGGAUGGAAAAGGAGAGAGCAUCUGGGACCGAUACGGGCAUCAGGGCCACGUCCACAUGAAUCAGACAGCCAAUCUUGCAUGUGACAGUUACCACAAGCUAGAAUAUGAUGUUUACCUCCUUAGAGGCCUUCGACCAAAAAUCUAUAAAUUUUCUAUAUCGUGGCCUAGGAUUUUUGCCAAUGGGAGCAAGGACAGCUUGAAUCCCCAAGGAGUGGAUUACUACAACAAACUCAUAGACAGCUUGCUGGAUUCUAAUAUUGAGCCCAUGGUGACCUUGUUCCACUGGGACCUACCACAAGCUCUGCAGGAUCUUGGUGGCUGGCAAAAUGACAGCAUCAUAAGUGCCUUUGUAGAGUAUGCGGCAUUCUGCUUUGCCACUUUUGGGGAUCGCGUUAAAUUCUGGAUUACCUUCCAUGAGCCCUGGGUUGUUAGCUAUGCUGGCUAUGGCACUGGGCAGCAUCCUCCAGGAAUUGUUGAUCCAGGGAUGGCAUCAUAUCAGGUGGCUCAUGUUAUUCUCAAGUCUCAUGCUUUCGCCUGGCAUGUUUAUGAUGCCCAAUACCGCCCCAAACAACAUGGGAAGGUGGGAAUAGUGUUGAAUUCAGACUGGGCUGAACCCAAGACCCCAGGGAGUGUUGAGGAUGUGAGAGCAGCAGAACGCUACUUGCAUUUCAUGUUGGGCUGGUUUGCUCAUCCAAUAUUUGUCAACGGCGAUUAUCCAGACAUCCUGAAAUCCCAGAUUCAGGAGAAGAACCAGCAGUGCUCUUCUCCCAUUGCCAAACUCCCCACGUUCACUGAUGAGGAGAAGCAGCAGGUGAAGGGGACUGCAGACUUCUUUGGCCUUUCCCAUUACACUUCCAGGCUCAUCAGUGCUUCAGUGAAUCAUUCUUGCACUCCAAGCUAUGAGAAUAUCGGCAGCUUUUCCCAACAUGUGGAUCCCUCUUGGCCACAGACAGCUGCACCUUGGCUCUAUGUGGUGCCUUGGGGAUUGAGAAGAUUGCUGCUCUUUGUGUCCAAAGAGUAUACAGGAACAAGAAUUCCAAUUUAUAUAGUGGGGAAUGGUGCACCGACAGAUGAUGGAGGCAAUUUUGUUAAUGAUACUAUGAGAGUGGAUUACUACCGUCUCUAUAUCAACGAGGCUUUAAAAGCUAUAAAGCUAGAUGCUGUUGAUGUUCAGUCAUAUGUUGCCAGAUCACUGAUUGAUGGUUUUGAAGGCACAGCGGGCUAUAGUCAAAGGUUUGGGCUACACCAUGUGAAUUUUGAAGGUGCAAAUAGGCAAAGGACACCCAAAGAAUCUGCUUAUUUCUUCUCCACAGUUAUCAAAAAUAAUGGAUUUCCUAGUGUGAUCCCAAGAAAUUUUCUCCAGCCACUCAAAAAGGAUGUUUCCGUGGCUCCAAAGCUGCCUAGUUUACCACCUUCUGAAAUUCCCUCAAAGGCAAAGGUGGUUUGGGAAAAAUUUUCAAACCAGACUUAUUUGGAAAGAGAUACAUAUUUCUAUGGCACCUUCCCAGAAGAUUUUCUAUGGGGUGUUUCCACUUCUGCCUACCAGAUUGAAGGAGGUUGGGAUGCAGAUGGGAAGGGACCAAGCAUAUGGGAUAACUUUAGCCACAUUCCGGGUAAUAUUAACAACAAUGAUACAGGAGAUAUAGCAUGUGACAGUUACAAUAAAGUAGAUGAAGAUCUUUAUUUACUGAGAGCCUUAAGGGUAAACAGCUAUCGCUUCUCCCUUUCGUGGCCUCGAAUUUUUCCAAAUGGAAGAAACCAUUCCAUAAAUAGCUAUGGUGUAGACUAUUACAACUGGCUGAUUGAUGGUUUGCUAGCCCAAAAUAUCACACCAAUGGUCACUCUCCACCACUGGGAUCUGCCCCAAGCUCUGCAAGACAUUGGUGGAUGGGCAAACCCCAUGUUAGUUGAACUGUUUGAUAGUUUUGCAGACUUUUGUUUUCAGACAUUUGGAGACAGGGUCAAGUUCUGGAUUACUUUCAAUGAACCUUUUAUGAUUUCUUGGCUAGGCUAUGGUCUGGGAGUAUUCCCACCAAAUAGAAAAGGUAAUCCAGGCUAUGAGCCCUACAAUGUUACUCACACAAUAGUGAAGGCCCAUGCCAGAGUUUACCACACAUAUGACCAGAAAUAUAGAGAGAGUCAGAAAGGUGUAAUCUCUUUGAGUUUAAACAUGGAUUGGGUUGAGCCAAAGACAGUGAAUGAUCCUCGGAAUGUGGAAGCAGCUGAUCGUUACCUGCAAUUCACAGGAGGAUGGUUUGCACACCCAAUUUUUAAAAAUGGCGAUUACCCAGAUGCCAUGAAGUGGAAAGUGGGGAACAGGAGUGAGCUACAGAAACUGCCAUCUUCCCGGCUUCCAGUUUUCACGGACAAAGAGAGAGAAUAUAUUAGGGGCACAGCGGAUGUCUUCUGCCUGAAUUAUUACACUGCCAAAAUUGUAAAGCACAAGAUCACCAGGCUGAAACCAUAUUCUUAUGAGGAUGACCAGGAACGAGUACUGGAGAUUGACUCUUCAUGGCCUAGCUCAGCACUGGAAAAUAUGCGAGCAGUGCCCUGGGGGUUGCGGCGGCUGCUCAACUGGAUCAAAGAGGAAUAUGGCAAUCCUCCUAUUUACAUUACUGAGAAUGGGGUUGGAAUAAAAACCAAUUCUGAUGUUGAGGAUAUCAGCAGGAUCUUCUACUAUAAAACCCACAUUGAUGAAGCUUUGAAAGCCUACAAGCUGGAUGGGGUGAAUCUUCGAGGCUAUGUUGUUUGGUCGUUCAUGGAUAAUUUUGAAUGGUUAAAUGGUUAUGAACCAAGAUUUGGCCUGCACCUGGUUGAUUUUGAAAAUCCAAACAGACCAAGAACUCCAAAACAAUCUGCAAUAUAUUAUGCUCAAAUUGUACAGCAAAAUGGUAUCCCACUGCCAAAAGAGGAAGAGUUUCUUUAUGGAGAGUUUCCAAAGAACUUUUAUUGGAGCGUGGCAUCGGCAGCAUAUCAGAUUGAAGGGGCCUGGAGAGCAGAUGGGAAAGGUCUCAGCAUUUGGGACCAGUUUGCACACACUCCUUUGAAAAUCAGCAAUGAUGAAAAUGGAGAUAUAGCUUGUGACAGCUACCACAAGAUGGAGGCAGACUUGUCUAUUCUGAAAGACGUCAAAGUCUCUCAUUAUCGCUUUUCCAUCUCCUGGCCUCGCAUUCUCCCUGAUGGGACAACCAAGGAUAUAAAUGAAGCUGGCCUGAAAUACUAUGAAAGGCUUGUGGAAGCUCUCCUUGCAGCUAAUAUCCAGCCUCAGGUAACUAUGUACCAUUGGGACCUCCCUCAAGCCCUUCAAAACAUUGGAGGGUGGGAAAAUGAGACCAUAAUCCAGAAAUUUAAGGAAUAUGCAGAGCUCCUUUUUCAAAGACUUGGAGACAAGGUGAAAUUUUGGAUAACUCUGAAUGAGCCCUAUGCCAUUGCUAAUCUUGGUUAUGGUUAUGGAGUCUCUGCUCCAGGCAUCUCUGCCAGACCAGGCAGAGCCCCUUAUAUAGUGGGGCACAACUUGAUCAAGGCCCACGCAGAAGUCUGGCAUCUCUACAAUGAAACAUACCGCCCCAAACAAGGAGGGUUGAUCUCUCUUGCCAUCAGCGUAGAGUGGGCUGAACCAAAGAACCCUUCCAAGCAGGAGGACCUCGAUGCUGCCAGGAGAUAUGUCCAGUUCUUUGCUGGUUGGUUUGCUCACCCGAUCUUCAAAAAUGGUGACUAUAGUGAGGUGAUGAAAAGGAGGAUCCAAGAGAGAAGUGUGGGCCAGUCACGACUCCCUGAAUUUACUGAAAAUGAAAAGUUGAGGAUUAAAGGCACCUUUGACUUCUUUGGUUUGAACCAUUAUACCACAGUUCUGGCAUCCAACUUAAACUACCCAGCUCUCAUUACAUCCUACGAUGCUGAUAGAGGUGUUGCCUCCAUAACAGACCGCAGCUGGCUGGGCUCUGGCUCCUUUUGGUUGAAGGUGACCCCAUUUGGCUUCAGAAGGCUCUUGAAGUGGAUCAAGGAAGAAUACAAUAACCCACCUAUUUAUGUGACUGAGAAUGGGAUUUCGGAGCGUAUAGAUGGGGGCUUCAAUGAUAUUUGGAGAAUACAUUACUUAAAGAGUUACAUCAAUGAAGCGUUAAAAGGAGUUGUACUUGAUGGUGUUGAUCUGCGAGGCUACACUGUAUGGAGCUUGAUGGACAAUUUUGAAUGGGCAGUAGGCUUUGCCGAAAGAUUUGGUUUGCAUUACACCAACUACACAGACCCGAAUCUAUCUAGAAUUCCAAAGGCGUCUUCAAAAUAUUAUUCAUCUAUCAUCCGGUGUAACGGCUUUCCAGAUCCAGCCACUGGGCCCCAUUUGUGUCUAGAGUCACACUCUGAAGGUAGCAGCACUACUUCACCUAUAGACAAUUCAUCCAUUAAGAGAGUGCAAUUUUUGGGACUGGAAUUGACUUCAUCUCAUGCAGAAGUAGGCCUUUAUGUGCUGUUUGUACUAUUCUUGAUGUCUGUACUAGGCCUUGCUCUUUUUUCGUAUGUAUACAGAAAGAUGACCAAAAAGACCCACAAAACAAAAGGUGUUAAACUAAGUGAAAUGUAAGUUGCAAUAUAUGUCUUCUCAUAGUAUCUGAAGAGACUUUGAACAUCAUGAAUUCUAAUUUGACCAAACUAAGGUUCUCAUAAUUAUGACCAUUUACUUUUUCAUAGCAUUUAACAUGGGGUCCAUGCAGUGGUAUAUACCAGGAGGUGGGAACCUUCGGCUCUCCCACUGUUAGACUGCAACUCAAACCAUCAUAGCCAGUGGUCAGAAAUGAGGGUAUAACCCCCUACAAUUUUAAACCAUCUCAUAUUAAUAGUGUAUUUAAUUUUUAUUCACUACAAUAAUCACCUGUAUACCAAUACUUACCAAUAUACUUUCCAUAACAUAGCACAUAAACCUAAUCAAAACAGGAAUUGGCUC